AUGUCCAAGAAGGGCGCGGGCGGCCGAAGCAAGGCGGACAAGGCAGAGGUCCUCGCAGCGCUGCAGGCCGCCAACGAGGAGCUGCGGGCCAAGCUCACCGACAUCCAGAUCGAGCUGCAGCAGGAGAAGAGCAAGGUCAGCCGGGUGGAGAGGGAGAAGAACCAGGAGCUCAGGCAGGUGCGCGAGCACGAGCAGCACAAGAGCGCCGUCCUGCUCACCGAGCUCAAGAGCAAGCUGCACGAGGAGAAGAUGAAGGAGCUGCAGGCCGUGCGGGAGACGCUGCUGCGGCAGCACGAGGCCGAGCUGCUGCGGGUCAUCAAGGUCAAGGACGGCGAGAACCAGCGGCUUCAGGCGCUGCUGCACGCCCUGCGUGACGGCGCCCCCGACAAGGUGCGCACCGUGCUGCUGUCCGAGGCCAAGGAGGAGGCCAGGAAGGGCUUCGAGGUGGAGAAGGUGCGGAUGCAGCAGGAGAUCUCCGAGCUGAAGGGGGCCAAGAGGCAGGUGGAGGAGGCGCUGACGAUGGUCGUCCAGGCCGACAAGGUCAAGGCCGCAGAGAUCAGGAGCGUGUACCACCUGCACCAGGAGGAGAUCUGCCGCAUCAAGAAGGAGUGUGAGCGGGAGGUCCGCCGGCUGAUGGAGGAGAUAAAAUUUAAAGACAGAGCAGUCUUCGUGCUGGAGAGAGAGUUAGGGGUUCAAGCCGGGCAUGCUCAGAGACUGCAGCUCCAAAAAGAGGCUCUAGAUGAGCAGCUGUCCCAGGUCAAAGAGACCGAUCGGCACCUGGGCAGCCCCAGACGGGAACUUCCUCACGCAAGCGGUGCAGGAGACGCCUCAGACCACUCGGGAAGCCCUGAACAGCAGUUGGAUGAAAAGGAUGCUCGGCGUUUCCAACUUAAGAUUGCGGAGCUGAGCGCGAUCAUCCGGAAACUCGAGGACCGCAAUGCCCUGCUGUCGGAGGAGAGGAACGAGCUGUUAAAACGUUUAAGGGAAGCUGAAAGUCAGUACAAGCCAUUGCUGGAUAGAAACAAACGCCUUACUCGGAAAAACGAAGAUCUGUCCCACAGUUUACGUCGGAUGGAAAACAAGUUAAAAUUUAUCACCCAGGAGAACAUAGAGAUGAGACAGAGAGCUGGCAUCCUAAGGAGACCCAGUUCCUUAAACGACCUGGACCAGAGCCAGGACGAAAGAGACGUUGACUUCCUGAAGCUGCAGAUCCUGGAACAACAGCACCUCAUAGAUGAGCUCUCCAAGACUCUGGAGACUGCCGGCUACGUGAAGAGCAUGUUAGAGCGCGAUAAGCUUUUAAGAUAUCGGAAACAAAGAAAGAAGAUGGCAAAACUCCCCAAGCCGGUUGUCGUGGAGACCUUCUUUGGAUACGACGAAGAGGCUUCCCUGGAAUCUGACGGUUCUUCCAUCUCUUAUCAAACGGACAGGACAGACCAGACCCCGUGCACCCCAGACGACGACCUGGAGGAGGGCAUGGCCAAGGAGGAGACGGAGCUGCGGUUCCGGCAGCUGACUAUGGAGUACCAGGCCCUGCAGCGGGCCUAUGCGCUGCUGCAGGAGCAGGUCGGAGGGACGCUGGACGCAGAGCGAGAAGUUAAGACCCGUGAGCAGCUACAGGCGGACGUGCAGAGGGCGCAGACGCGGAUCGAAGACCUGGAGAAGGCGCUGGCGGAGCAGGGGCAGGACACGAAGUGGAUUGAAGAGAAGCAAGCGCUGUAUCGGAGAAAUCAAGAGCUCAUAGAAAAGAUUAAACAAAUGGAGACAGAAGAGGCUCGGUUAAAGCAUGAGGUCCAGGACGCAAAGGACCAAAACGAGCUGCUGGAGUUCCGGAUCCUGGAGCUAGAGGAGAGGGAGAGGAAGUCGCCGGCCAUCAACUUCCACCACACCCACUUCGUGGGCGGGAAGAGCCCCCUGCAGGCGUACUGCGAGGCCGAAGGCGUGAUGGACAUCCUGGUCUCGGAGCUGAUGAAGAAGCUGGACCUCCUGGGGGACAACGCCGUAAGUAAUCUGACCAAUGAGGAGCAAGUGGUCGUCAUACAAGCCAGGACAGUCCUGACCUUGGCCGAAAAGUGGCUCCAGCAGAUCGAAGAGACGGAGUCGGCCCUGCAGCGGAAGAUGGUGGACCUGGAGAGCGAGAAGGAGCUGUUCAGUAAGCAGAAGGGCUACCUGGACGAGGAGCUGGACUUCAGGAAGCAGUCCUUGGACCAGGCUCACAAGCACAUCCUGGAGCUGGAAGCCAUGCUGUACGACGUCCUGCAGCAGGAAGCCGGGGCCAAAGUGGCGGACACGCUGUCGGAGGAGGAGCGCGAGAAGCUCAGGGUGGCGGUGGAGCAGUGGAAGCGCCAGGUCAUGAGCGAGCUGCGCGAGCGGGACGCCCAGAUCCUGCGGGAGCGCAUGGAGCUGCUGCAGCUGGCGCAGCAGAGAAUUAAAGAAUUAGAAGAAAGACUAGAAGCUCAGAAGAGACAAAUAAAGGAACUGGAGGAAAAGUUUCUAUUUUUGUUCUUAUUUUUCUCCUUAGCUUUCAUUCUGUGGUCAUAG